UUAAUCGAAGCAGUCGCGUUUCUCUCUAAGCUAAGAGAAAAUUCUGCUCGCGAACACUAUUUAAAAUUGUUUGUGUCAUAAAGUGUUUGAAGUAUUUUCGAGUUUGACUCGUUCAGUUCUAAAGACUAGUACGAAUUGAGAAGCAAAUUUAUUUUCAAUUCAGUUUGAAGUAAAAAAAAAAACAAACGCAGGAAUAAGAGAAUUAAAAGAGAUUACACGAAUAAAAUGAAAUUGAUGUGAAUUUAGUGCAGUAAAAUGACGGAAAUUUACACCUCAUUUAUUUAAACCAUUUUUUUCCCCAUUUUCUUCGUUUUGAUAUUGAAUAUCAUUUUACUCUGGAUCGAUUGUUGUGCUUGAGAAAAGUGACAAUUUUCUGGAGAACCAGACAAAAGACACCAAUAUUUUGUGGAUUUUCUGUUUUGUGUGUUGAGUGAACUGAAUUAGCAAAAUGUUCUCGAAAUUUCUAAUAAUUGCUGCAGUACUACUCACAACACCGGCGACGUUUGCUCAAUUUCUGCAAUCGGUCCAAUUGAAUACGGUCGGAUCGGAAUGUGCACUGAUUUUGCCAGGCGGUGCCAGAUCAUCAGCAUACGAUCACACGCUGAAUCUAUUUCGAGUCGGAGGAUUGAAUAGCAUUCAAGAUACCACCAAAACUUGCAUCACCUUCGAUGCAAUCAACGCUGCCUACUUGGAUGCUCGUAAGAGAAUUCAUGUAUCAAAUCCCAAAGGCGAGUGGAAGACUGAAGACAUCGCAACGGUUGGUGAGCUUCUGCUGGACAUUUCCAUACAGUUGGCAAGAACGUAUGGUUUGUCCUAUGAAGAUAUUGAAAAUGGUUUGCCACAAAUUGACACCUCACGAACAUUGAUUCGUGAAGUUUGCCCACCGUUCCUGUCAGUUGUUGAGUGUCGUGCAGGAAAAUAUCGCCGAUUUGAUGGAUUGUGUAACAAUUUGGAGCAUCCAACGUGGGGAGCCACUAUGACACCUUUCCAACGUUUGAUCGGGCCACUGUAUGCCGAUGGAAUCAACGCUCCAAGAAUUUCAAUCACCGGCCAUGAUUUACCAUUGUCUCGAGUUGUUUCACGCACCAUUCAUCCAGACGAAGGCUUCCACGAUCAUGCUGGCACUGUUAUGGUUAUCGCUUGGGGUCAGUUUAUGGACCACGAUUUCACAUUGACAGGAACCCCAUUGGAUCCAGCCAAUCGUAACGAUCCCGAAGAGUGUUGCCAACGACCGUUGCAUUUGAAACAUCCAUACUGUAAUGAAAUCCGCGUUCCCGAUGACGAUUACUUCUAUCGCUUGUUUAAUGUGAAGUGUAUCGAUUUUGUGCGUGCAUUCCCAUCACCUCGAGCUGGCUGCAAACUUGGAUCACGGGCACCAUUUAAUACGCUCACUGCCGUUAUUGAUGGCAACACCAUUUAUGGUGUGAAAGAAGAUUUUGCACGAAAACUGCGAGAAGGUCAAGGCGGUCGCUUGCGAAUGAAUCCAGUUUUUCGGGAGUAUGGCUUGAAAGACGUGUUGCCACUGAAACUCGAUUUCCCAGAUGAAGGUUGUACACGACCUAGCAAGGAUGUAUUCUGUUUCGAAGCCGGUGAAAUUCGAGUGAACGAACAAUUGGUACUAUCUUGCAUGCACACUAUGAUGGCCCGGAACCAUAAUCGAAUAGCAAAAGGAUUAGCUGAAGUCAAUCCACAUUGGGACGAUGAAACUUUGUUCCAAGAAGCGCGUCGCAUCAACAUUGCCACAAUUCAACACAUUACCUUCAAUGAAUUCUUGCCAAUUUUACUCGGCAAAGAAGUGAUGGAGAAAUUUGGAUUAGUUCUAAACAAAGAAGGAUACUGGGAUGGCUACGAUCCAAAAGUCAAUCCAUCAAUCAUUGACUCAUUUGCUGCUGCCGCAUUCCGUUUCGGUCAUUCGUUGUUACCAACAGCCGUUGAACGCUGGUCCAAAGCACACAAAUUCAUCUCUUCCAAACGUCUAUCAGAUUUGAUUCGUCGUCCAUUCGAUCUGUACCGUGCCGGUGUAUUCGACGAAUAUUUAAUGGGUUUGAUGAAUCAAGUGGCACAAGCUAUGGACGAUUCAAUCACUCAAGAAGUAACCAAUCAUCUGUUCAAGAAAGAUGGCAAUCGUUUCGGUCAUGAUUUAGUUUCAUUCAACAUGCAACGUGGUCGUGAAUUUGGUGUGCCCGGAUAUAUGGAAUUCCGUAAAUUCUGCGGCUUAUCUGUGGCUAACUCAUGGGAAGAAAUGGGUGGAUCAAUGACAAAUGAAACUAUCUAUCGCUAUCAAAGCAUUUUCGAGCAUCCAUCUGAUAUUGAUUUGUGGAGCGGAGGUGUAUCUGAAAAAGCAUUGCCAGGCUCAAUGUUAGGGCCAACUUUUGCUUGUAUCAUUGCCACACAAAUGAGCUACGUUCGUCGUGGUGAUCGUUUCUGGUUCGAAUUGCCGAAUCAACCAUCUACCUUUACUCCAGAACAACUGCAGGAACUUCGCAAAGCCAAAUUGUCGCGUGUCAUCUGCGACAAUACCGAUUUGAUUGACACCGUUCAAAUUUAUCCAAUGGUUUUGCCUGAUCACGAAAUUAAUCCACGUGUGCCAUGUAAGAGUGGAAUUAUUCCAUCAAUAGAUUUGACGAAAUGGGCUGAAUAUGCACCAGACUACGCACCACAUCAAUACAACAUUCUGAACGAAAUUCCAAACACAGUGGUAAGCUUCAAAUGAAGAUCGCUUCCUUGGGCCACACAAUGGAGCACAUGAAACGAGAAUGCCCAUCAUUCUUUUUGGGAGCAUUUUUUUCUCUCUAUUUCUCUUUUCUCAAAGUCAUUUAAAUAUUAGUGAACAUUUCAUUUCGAAAAAUGAUCAUUGAUCAUUGAUCAAUGCAACCAAUCAAAAAUAAAAUGCACUUCAAUCAUGUAUAUAAUAUGUCACUGUUCACAUCAAUAUGAUGGGCACAUUUCAAACACUCACUCAAUAAGCCACGCAAAAACUGCUUGCCAUAAGAAUACACUUUUUCCUUCUAUUUCUCUCGUAGAAUUUCUCAAUAGAU